AUAUUUCCAUUUGUGAUUCAUGCUAAUUGUUAUCAACUUCUGCCAUUGGCGGAGCUCAUCAGCACUAUAUAGCGCAUUUUCAAGAAUUUCAUUAGUGACAACACUGGCAGUGCCAGCUCAUUCAACUGGACUAGGCAGCACGUGUUAAACCCACUCACCCCCAUAAACGUUAUCAUUCCCUUGUUCUGUCGUUAGCUAAUCAGUUACGAAUUCCCUAAAACGCCCUCCACUUUAUAACUAACCGCUUUGCUUUACAUCACGCUGCAUACGUUACUCGUCCUAUCUGGUUUCCACCUCAUCCCAUUCCCUUCAUCCAACGGUGCAUAUUCACCGCAGCUUCCAAAGUUCAAAUGCCAAAAAUUGCGAGGGAGAGCGAAAAGGCUGCUUCCGGUCACCUGAACCGACAAUAAACGGCAGUGCCGUCGCCAGCUGUCGGUUACCUUUACUCGCACAAUCAUUCUCGAUCUUGUAGCCGCUCAACCGGUCCUGUACGGACAUUCUGCCCCUAUAUGAAUUUGACACGUGUCCCCCUUGUUAGCUUAUAUAAUCGCCGCACUUUGUGCCUAGGGACUUUCUCAGGGUUCUUUUCUCUCUCUCUCUUCCGCUUUGUUUUUCCUUUUUUUCCCAUUUUUUUUGAGGGGUGGGGUCUUGAAAUUUUAACGUAUGCAGAGGGAUUCGCAAGCGAGUUUGCCCACCGGUGAGGGUUCUGGGGCUUACCCUAUGGCCUUCGCUGGACAAACUACAGAUGAUUUUUGCUUCAACGCCAUGUUUUCAGGGGUCAGUCUUCAGACAUUUGUCAGCCUUAAUCAGGAGAAGAGCCUGGGUUCUUUACCGGACUACGGAACCAGCACUUUUCCGGUGACCGAUGCGACUGGUUUUGGUUUUUCCAGCGAGGAUUUCACGGCGUUGCAGCAGAAACAGGUUGGCGAGUGCUCGAAGCAGCUCAAAAUGCCGAAGAAAGAGCUGGUGGAGAAUGAAGAGAAGACGGACAAGUCUAGUGAGCCAUUUACAUUCACCUCCAACGCCUCAGAUACUUUUCCUAUUCUUUGUGACUCGAGCUUUCACCAUUUGCCGGAACUCCGCUCUGUCGAACAGUUUUCUACUCAUGCCGAGUCGUCUCACAAACGCGUCCGAUCCUACUCGCCGACCGACUCGUACACGCUCGACGCCAUAGUGAAGAGUUUCAAGCUAUCGAACUGCUUCUCCGCACCGUACAGAUGGCCGGACCCUCCGCCUCCGCCGGUGGUGCCGCAGAGCAGUCUAGCGCGGCAGAGGCGGCAGAAAAUCAGCGACAAGACUCGAUGCUUGCAGAAGCUGAUGCCGUGGGACAAGAAGAUGGACAUGGCGACGAUGCUCGAAGAGGCCUACAAGUACAUCAAGUUCCUCCAGGCGCAGAUCAGAGCACUGCAAUCCAUGCCAUGCGACUCCAACUUCGUUCCACACAACCCUAUCAACGACACGGGCCCCUUCGGCGGACUGACGCGGCUCAACCGGCAACAGCUGCUUCAGGUUCUGGUGAACUCGCCAGUGGCUCAAACGAUGCUCUACUCGAAGGGAUGCUGCGUCUUCUCUCUGGAGCAGUUGAUCCUGCUGAAGAAGUUAGCCGAGAGCAGGCUUCUUCUCCAGCACUUGCUCUUCGAUCCUUCCAAGCUCUCCUGAACAAUUCAUGGUGAUCAAACGUGCUGCUCACUCGCGCGGGUUACGUUUCGGAUGCUUUGCGAAUCUCGGGUUUUGUUUAACCGGGUUCGGAUCUUGGGAAUCUCAUGGUUUGCAGAGGAAAAUUUUGGCUCAUGCCCGUAUAUGUUUUUUUUCCUCUCUUCUGGGUUCGUGGAUAAAAAUGAUCCUUUCCAAUGA